ACAGACGGACGCACAAGCAAGUCUUCUGCUCACAGCGACACAACACUUCCUCAAACUACCUCGAGACAGAUCUUCAAGGCUGCGACUGGAGAGGCUGAUCGAAACACACAAGAAAAGAAACCUAACUAACCAAGGCACACUUCAACCAAGGCGGAAGAGGAGGCUUGGGUGAGGGGUCGCCAUGGCACCCUUCCUGCGAAUAAGCUUCAUCAAUUACGAAAUGGGUGCUCUGCCCCCUCUCCAAGACCCUCCCAUUUGUGCCAUCAAGAUGAAGGAGUCUGUCAACACAGAGCGAGGGAAGACUUUAGUCCAGAGAAAGCCCACAAUGUAUCCCGACUGGAAAUCUACAUUUGAUGCUCACAUUUAUGAGGGCCGCGUCCUUGAAGUGGUCCUGAUGAAGAGCCAGGAGGAAGCUCUGGCCAAAGUUACAGUGGGUGUGGCUGUACUGGCUGAGCGCUGUAAGAAAUCCAAAACGAAUGGACGCGCAGAGUUCUGGGUCGACUUGCAACCUUCAGGACGAGUGCAGUUCGCAGUGCAGUACUUUCUGGAGGAUGGGGAUCCAGUCCCUAACAGGCCUUCGAUGAAAGUCAGUCCUGAGGAUGGAGCCACGACCCUCAACAGAAGGAGAGGAGCCUUUAAACAGCCCAAAGUCCACGACAUCAAGAGCCAUGAGUUCACCGCCACUUUCUUCAAUCAGCCCACGUUCUGCUCUGUGUGCAGGGAGUUCCUCUGGGGGCUCAACAAACAAGGUUACAAAUGCAGACAAUGCAAUGCAGCAAUUCACAAAAAAUGCACCGGAUUGGUGAUUGCGAGGUGCACUGGAACAGCAGCCAACAGUCGGGACACAAUGUUCCAGAAAGAACGUUUUAAGAUCGAUAUGCCACAUCGCUUCAGGUACUACAACUACAGAAGCCCCACCUUCUGUGAUCACUGCGGCAGCCUGCUCUGGGGGCUGUACAGACAAGGCCUUAAAUGCGAAGAAUGUGCCAUGAAUGUUCAUAGUUACUGUACAAAGAAAGUGGGAAAUCUCUGCGGUGUCAAUCAGAAAUUACUAGCGGAGGCUCUCUCGCACAUCAAUUCGAAAAAAGAUACGUCCGUUAAGAAGUCAGAUCCGAAUGGGCCUGACACUGGAAUUUACCAAGGUAUCCAAGAUGUGACUCCAGAACCUAGUGCCAAUGGCAAGGUCCCGGUACCAAGUCUCACUCCAUCACCAGCCCCUCGGGUACACCUCACUCUGGACAAGCUGGUGUUUCACAAAGUGCUUGGAAAAGGCAGCUUUGGAAAGGUGCUGCUGGCUGAGCUGAAGGGCAAAGGGCAGUACUUUGCAGUGAAGGUACUAAAGAAAGACGUAGUGCUGAUGGAUGAUGAUGUGGAGUGUACAAUGGUAGAGAAGAGAGUGCUAGCCUUGGCCUGGGAGAACCCUUUCCUCACUCACCUGUACUCCACCUUCCAGUCCAAAGAACAUCUGUUCUUUGUAAUGGAGUACCUAAAUGGAGGAGAUCUCAUGUUCCACAUCCAAGAUAAAGGCCGCUUUGAUCUGAACAGAGCCACAUUUUAUUCUGCUGAGAUCAUAGUGGGACUGCAGUUCCUCCACUCCAAAGGAAUUAUCUACAGGGAUCUGAAGCUGGACAAUGUCAUGCUGGACAAAGAUGGACACAUAAAAAUUGCAGACUUUGGUAUGUGUCGAGAAAAUGUAUUUGGAGAGACCAGAGCAACAACAUUUUGUGGAACACCAGACUACAUUGCACCAGAGAUCCUGCUGGGACAAAAGUAUACUUUCUCUGUGGACUGGUGGUCAUUUGGUGUCCUGGUGUAUGAGAUGUUGAUUGGUCAGUCACCUUUCCAAGGUGAUGAUGAGGAUGAACUGUUUGAGUCCAUUCGGACUGACACUCCACACUAUCCGCGCUGGAUCACAAAGGAGUCCAAAAGCCUUCUUGAACUGCUGUUUGAGCGAGAUCCCACCCGGCGGUUAGGUGUGGUGGGAGACAUUCGUACACAUCCGUUCUUCAAAACUAUCAACUGGACAGCACUAGAGAAACGACAAGUAGACCCACCGUUCAAGCCCAAAGUGAAGUCCCCCAGUGACUGCAGCAACUUUGACCGAGAGUUCCUGAGCGAGAAGCCGCGCCUCUCCCAUGCAGACAAGAACCUCAUUGAGUCCAUGGACCAGGCUGCCUUUGCCGGAUUCUCCUUUGUCAACCCCAAACUAGAGCAAAUGAUAACCAAGUAACACACAGAAACUGGAUCACAUUUUGGUGCUGUGCCAGGAUGCAGGCUCUCACAGGAUAUCAGGUUGUCCUGGCUGAAUACAUACAUCAGUGUAAUAUAUGUGUAAAGUUGAUCACAAUCUAAAUAACAGGUGUUGGAUGAGUUGCCAGGUACUUGAACUGACAGUGCUUAAAGGUGCACUGUGUAACUUUUCUGCUAGAGGGUCCACCACUUCAACUCCAUGUGGUUGUUUUUUCCUGAGAUGAUCUACAGUACUGUAAUGUAACCGUCUCCAUGGUGACGAGCAGGCCACAUCACCAGGCCAAGUUACAGGUCAGAUCUGUGGAGACGUGGACCUGCUCACAGUAAUAAUGCAUGUGUUUGCAGUAAUUCUGAGAAGUAAAACACCUGUAAUUAAAGAUAUAUAAGAUGUAUUUGUUGAAUGCCAUACUGUGGAAGGUCUCAGGCAAAGCAAUAACAUCACCAUGGAGACAAGCAGAUGAUGGACCCUUCACCAGAAACACGGUACCUUUUUAGUGUACAUGUAUUGUCACAGUUUGUCACUGUAAUCAAAAUAGAAAACAUAUGAACCAUGCCAUGUAAAUUUCCCUGAGCAAGGAAUCCCAAUUUUGAAGUGAAUGAGUGAUAAAACUCUUUCAAAAUGGCCUCCUGUGGGAGCAGUUUUAUUUUUUAUUUAUAUUUCUGAUCUUAAGGGACAAAACAAACCAAUACUGGAUAUCCAUGUGAAGUAAUUAUACUUAUGCAGGCUAUAUGUGUAAAAGGUAAGGGAAGCUAUACAAAUCCCAGUGUUGCUAUAUUAAAUGCUAGAUAUGAAUAUUUUCUAUUUUAUAUGUGGCUUUAUUAUACAGUCCACCAAAAUAGUUAUUUAAUAAUUAUGUCAUGAGACUAGAAGGUGAAUCUGUAUUAAAUUCUAUUAUGUGACAAGAGAAGGGUAGUUCUUUAUUAUGUGUUUACUAGUACAAGAUAGGUUUAGGAAAACUGUGACCUUCCAUGAUUUUUACUUUAUUCUAUCUUUUUUUUUUUUUAGACCUUAGGCCUACUCCUAUUUAUUUUGUAGAGAUUGUGUAAAAUAACACAAGAGAAGGCUAAUUGUCUAUUGCCAAUUAUUGGGAAUUUUAUUGUGUAUAUAUCUUUGUUGUCCACUGAUUAUGUGUGAUGUGAGGAACAAUUAUCUUAAGUAACACUCACUCAUUUAAAUAAUGUUCUUGAAUCUAGUCAUUUUAACAUGCUGUACACUCCUGUUUUUUAAUACCUUUUACAUAUUAUGAAUAAAUGGAAGGUGUAAAA